GACCAACACGCCGGCACGAGCGCCAGCUCCAGGACCUCGCCGAGUCGCUUCCCCCGCAGGGGGCGCGGAGAGGGCCGCGCCCCCCGCGCGCCUCGCGGCGUGGGCCGCCAGGAGGCGCCCUGCUCCCGGGGCGGCCUCGCGAGGGCGCGAGGAGGAGGCCCGCGCGCCGCGCUCUCGCGGGGGCGCGUGCGGCACUCCGCGGAGCUGGUUGGCCCCAGGGCGCGCCCACGCCCGUGCCGUCGCUUUGGGCCCUCGGCGUCUGGCACACUGCACAGUACGUAUACAUAUGCCCG